CAGAAAAAUAACAAAUUAGUCGCAAUUUUGUCAACAUUGCAAUUCGUUUUCCAUUUUCCCCAGGGACAUUCCCUGGAAAAAGCUAAUCCAAUUAAGUGUCUCGUGCUUGCUGCAAGUUAGAUAACUUUCAUCGGGUCCCGUAAGUUUGAUCAGAUCCCAGCUUGGUUUUCGUUAUGGACGCGGCAACAUUGAAUCGCAUAAUGGCCGGACGGGACAACCCUUCGCUAAAGGAAAUGCUGGACCAGUUCAAUCAGCAGCACCAGCAGGUGUUCAAUUUUUCACACCUUACAACCAGCGGCCAAUGGGUUCUGUUUUGGAAUAGACUUUUCGAGUACUUGACGGAUCCGGAACUGGUUGAAUGCCGUGGUAACGCACUCGUAGCCAUUAAAUUGUUGAGCCGGGACAAAACCUACCUGAACGAAACGGUUCACGGGGGACAGCUGGAUUGUUUGCUGAACUUGGCCGGAAUCGGGAUGCAGCAGGAUGAAAACUGGAACGAGGAUGUGGUGGUUGAGGCACUGAAAUGCCUGAGUAAUUUGAUUUUUCAGAGCAAGAAGUGUCAGGAAUUGUGUCUGGGUAAUCCGUCAACCGAGGGCAUCCUGAGGCGUAUCAAAAUGUAUAAGGAUAGCAAUCAUUGCUACGACGUGAAAUAUUUCGAUAUGAAGUUGCUGUUUUUGCUGACGGCCAUCAACUGUGAUAUUCGAGCUAAAGUUCGGGAAGACUUGCAUGGGCUUGCAUACUUGGUUGAGACUUUAGACUUGUUCAUGAGUCAAGCAGCAGAGGUUAAAGAGUUCAGUGAUAAAGAUCUGGAUCUCAUCAAUGAGGUACUCAAAGUGCUGUUCAAUCUCACUGUUCGUACCCCUUCGAAUGCCAUUCCAGAAGAGGACGAAGCUGGUGAUUUCCAUCGGCUGAUUGUCGUGAUUCACGAUUUGUUCUUCUAUCGAACGCUGAAUAGAGAUAAAAUCGUAUUGCUUCACUCUAACAUUGUCAAUCUGUUGACGAGCGUUCCGGCCAGCUGUUACAGUGAGUUGGUAGGUUCGCUGGAGGAUCAACAAGAUAGUCGCACGGUUAUCCCGUUCGAGGGACGUAACGUUUACGUGCUGCAUGUGCUGAUAGAUUUUCUUAAAAAGAACUUCCAAAAAGCGGAGAAGAAAUCUGAACAGUACGAGUUACUUUCUCCUAUUCUGACAGUUUUAGUAAAGGCCGUUCGUUCAUCGGCGUUACAUCGUCGCUACAUAAGAUCGAUUAUUCUUCCACCCCUGGUCAACGUUCUGAACAGGCCGGAAAUCGGAGACGAGCUACGAAACCAUCUGUGUUCGCUGCUGACUAGUCCUUGUAGCCAAAUAGCGGAACUUUCAGCCGAGCUGAUGUUUGUCAUGUGCAAAGAGAACGUAGGUCGGAUGAUCAAAUACACCGGUUACGGUAACGCAGCAGGACUCUUUGCCAAUCGUGGUUUGCUUGGAGGUCGUCAGGGUAAUACCGAUCAAUAUUCAUCGGAUUCCGAAGACAGUGACACCGAGGAGUACAAACAGAUUCAACAUGCAAUCAAUCCGGUUCUCGGCUGUUACGAACCUCCGAAACCUAACCCACUUGAAGGAAUGUCCGACGAGCAGAAGGAAUACGAGGCAAUGCAAUUGGUUCAACUGAUGGACCAACUCCAAAGGAAGGGCGUCGUUCAGCCCUGCAGAAUCGGGGAAGAUGGACGACCCCAACCAGUGGAUCACAUCCUGGAGUUACAGGAACAGAUCCCGGAACAGCAACGCGACCACCGCAGGAAAACCUAAAAUACG